CAUUGGUCACAACUAUCUCUCGAGAUCAGCUGCCGGGGAGAGAGAAAAUAAAGUCCUCUUGAAUUAUUGAGGCUUCGAGCCCUACUUAUCACAAUGCACUGCCUGAAAAGUCUACGGACGGCGAACCCGGGGAUCUUGCAGCUAUUUAAAAAUGCAGGCAUCUCUGCCAGAGCUGGAGCUGACAGCAUUGUCUCGGCCAGGACUCAACAACCUGUUCCUCUCCCCUGCUGGGCCGCAGCAUCAGCCCACACCCACAGAGCGCUUCAUCACCAGCUCGGCCCCGAGGACGACCAAGGACACUCCACAAGCCGGUUCAUGUCCACAUUGGAGGACCUACUUUUCUACACCAUCACGGACGGCAAAGAGAUGAUUCCCUUCUCCGAGUUCAUCUCUGCUCUGAGAAAAACGGGCUUGUUAACGUCUGACCCACGGCUGCGUGGAAGCAUCCGUCAGAUGCGGCAGUUGUCACGCGACUCUGUUGGGCCCGUCAUGAUGAACAAGACGCUCUUCAAGAGAUGUGUAGGAAACAACAUCAUGCUGCUGUCCAAGGCUUUCAAAAAGAAAUUCAUCAUCCCUGACUUCGAGAAGUUCACCCACCAGAUCGACAACAUGUACGACAGAGCGCUGAAGCACGAGACGGGACAAGUAGCCGAUUACAUUCCUCAGCUGGCCAAGUUCAGCCCUGAUCUCUGGGGCGUUUCUCUGUGCACGAUCGACGGCCAGAGACACUCGGUGGGCGACACCAAGAUUCCCAUCUGUCUGCAGUCGUGUGUGAAGCCUCUGGAGUACGCCAUCGCCGUGCACGAACUCGGCAGUGAGCACGUCCACCGCUACGUGGGCAAAGAGCCCAGUGGAUUAAAGUUUAACCAACUGUCACUGAACGAUGAAGAUAAACCACACAACCCCAUGGUGAAUGCGGGAGCCAUCGUCAUCAGUUCUUUAAUCAAGCCUGACUCAAAUAAAGCUGAAAGGUUCGACUUUGUGAUGGACUUCUUGAAAAGCAUGGCUGGAACAGAGUAUGUGGGCUUCAGCAAUGCGACUUUCCAGUCAGAGAGGGAGACGGGCGACAGGAACUAUGCAAUCGGUUAUUACCUCAAAGAGAAAAAGUGCUUCCCUGACAACGCCGAUAUGAUCGCUGCUCUUGACUUCUACUUUCAGCUGUGCUCCAUAGAGGUAACCUGCGAGUCAGGAAGUGUCAUGGCUGCCACGCUCGCCAAUGGUGGCAUCUGUCCAAUCACCGGCGACCGUGUGCUGAGUGCAGAAUCCAUCCGAAACACCCUGAGCCUGAUGCAUUCCUGUGGCAUGUACGACCUUUCUGGACAGUUUGCCUUCCACGUGGGCCUGCCUGCUAAGUCUGGUGUGUCGGGCGCUGUGCUGCUGGUGGUCCCUAACGUCAUGGGGGUGAUGUGUUGGUCCCCACCUUUAGAUCGGACAGGAAACAGCGUCCGUGGCAUUCACUUCUGUCAGGAGCUCGUGUCUCACUUCAACUUCCACCAUUAUGACAAUCUGAGGCACUUUGCCAAGAAAUACGACCCAAGGAGACAAUCAAAUGACGAUCCAAGCAAGUCGGUGCUCAACCUGAUGUUUGCGGCGUACAGUGGCGACGUCUCUGCUCUGAGGAGGUUUGCGCUUUCCGCUGUGAACAUGGAGGAGAGGGACUAUGACUCCCGCACACCCCUCCACGUGGCAGCAGCAGAAGGUCACAUGGACGCAGUGCUCUUUCUCACAGAAAUAUGCAAAGUGAAUCCUCACAUGAAAGACAGAUGGGGGAACACGCCCGUCGAUGACGCCAUGCAGUUUGGCCAUGAUGUUGUUGUUUCAGUCCUGCAAAAGUACGAGGAGAAGUACUGCGACAGUGAAGCGCAGAGCCACGCGGAGGAGCAGAAAGCCAUGCUGGACACGCUGAAGAGCGCCGCUUGAAGCCGGGAGGAUCAUGAGCAGGGUGAGAGACGACGGGAAGUCGAGGUUCUGAGAAAAGGGAACGACUCGAGAUGCAGACUGAAAGUUGAAUACUGUCACUGUUCAGCCUGUUGCUGUGAUUAAAGUCCACAUAUUCCAUAUAUAACAAAACAAUGACACACUGAAAGAAGAAUGUGAUGUUGGCACAAUUGGUGAUUUCAAAAUAACAGCGCGUUGUCAAAAUAUUUGUCCAAGUGCAGUGGUGUAUUUCAAAUUGUGAAAUUGUUUUACUAUUGUUCUUAAUCAUGAGGCAAAUAUCAUUUUAAAAGAUAAAGAAAAAAAUGAAGCACAGACUGUGACCUGUGAUGUGUGGAGCACAGAAGUGUUGAAUGAAUGAAUGAAUGAAAAUUAUUGUAAAAUUUUAGAAGACUAUGACGUCCAGUUGUUUUGCUUCUGUUGAAGUGAAAUUAUGUUAAUUGUCACCGUGAUUUAGCUUGUGUUUAAAUCUUAAAGUGUUUUUGUGCCCAGCCUCUGGCAGCAGGCCACUGAGAUGUAAAUAUCUAAUAUACUGUGCUUAUUUAUUUUCAUCAUGUUCAAAUAUUGUAUCGAUCAGUGACAUCCUGGAAUCAGAGAUGAGGUUAUGUUUCCAUUGCAUAAACCAUCAAUAUUCCCAGAGCUGUUUUAUUGAUUAGUCCAUCUUAACAAAAGUUCAUUUAAUUACAUUUGUAUCUCUGGCAUUAGUAGGAUUGUUUUAUUAUUCUGGUUGUGACCUUUUAUGCUACAUGUUUGCUGCAGUAUUCAGGUUCCUGGUGGUUUUCACAUUCUUUGCCUUGACUUCUCAACAUUUUACGCUUAGAGAUUUACAAAAUAUGGAAAAGGUUUCUCAGUAUUUCCUUCCAGAAUAAAUCAUGUUGAUUAAUCAGUUUGUGUAAAAUUACAAUAAGAUUAUGUAUAUGUGAAAUGCUUUUCUGUGUAGAGAAAACUUUUGUUAGCCAUUUGAAAUUAAAAUUGUUUCAAAUUAAACAUAUUGUACUGUUUCAUACGCUUACACACUGUCCAACAAUAA